AUGAAUACUCAACAAAACCAAGAUUUGAACUAUCAGUUCAACUAUCAAGAAAUCGAGAAAGAGAACAUCUGCCGCUUCGCUGAAGUUUUGAGGACUCCUGUAAACCCAAUAUACGAGAAGUCGAACUUGCUUUUGUAUUUAUCCGGUCAGCUCGAUGGAGAAAAACUCGGAAUGAUGAUGUACCACAACAAAGUGCACCAUCAAUGCACCACUGUUGACCAAUGCAGCCAACUUGUAUUGCUUUUGGAAGCACGCAAAACUUGUAAUCAGCUGUAUGACAAGGCGGCGUGCAUCACGGAUGUUUUGAAUGUCGUCGAAAAGCUGGAAGCUGUCGACAAACGGCUUGGUAUCACGGCACAGCCGCUUUGCAUCAAUCGCUGGGAGGAUCUCCAUCAGCUGGAGACACAAAACGAGGUGUUCUUGACACCGAAUGGAAUUCAAACUGCUUCAAGGCAAAUGGAGAAGUUCAAGGCUCCAACUGGCGUCUUGACAAGAACACUUCUUAAAAGAAAGAGUAACAAUAAUUAA